AUGUCAUUCCUUAGUGGCAAGAAGAAAACAUCUUCGUCAUCGACGUCGCAUGGACCUACAUCACCGGGUGGACCGGGUUCACAUUCGGUGACACCAUCGUCACCGGGAUUUGCACCGCGCCAAUGCCCUUUCAAGAAGUUUGGCUGCAUGAACUACUUGCACACCAAGGUCGAGUACGAGGUGCAUCUGCGCGACGACAUGCAGACACAUUUGAUGCUGGUCGUCGAGAAGUUUGACCAUCAGUUCGACCUGCACACGCAGCUGAUGGCCCACUUCACCGAGCAGAUGGAGGACCAGCUGGACCGCACGAUGAAGGUCGUCAAGAACCACAUGGACUCGUUCGGCACACAGCUGCAGGGCCGCGUCGACGAGGGCAUCGACAAGUGCAUGACGUUCGCCAAGAAGGUCGAGCAGCAGCAACAGCAGCUCGCCAAGCGACUGAUCACCCAGCAGAACAUGAAGUCACCGACGGGUGUCGGCCAGCCAAAGUCUGGCGGCGCCCACGACGAUGGCGCCGAUUCCACGAUCAGCUCCAAACAGAUCGAGGCUGAGCUGGCCGCUUUGCACCAGCGCGUCAAGAAGGAGAUGGCCGACCUGACAGAGGACGCCGUCAUCAAGCUGGAGCGCAAGUUUGAGCGAUCGCUUUCCAAGAUCGACAAGAUCGAGUUGGACGUCAAUGCCAAGGUCGACAAGAAGACAAUGUUGGCCACAUUGGACGACACAUUGGCGCACCGCGCCGAGGCCAUCGAGACCACGAUCGUCAAGCGCAUCGAAGAGAAGGACAAGAAGCGCACCGACCAGAACUCGCAGUCCUUUGACGUCAAGUUGGACACACUGCGUGACAAGAUCAAGACCAUCGAGUCGCAAUGUCUGGACAUGUCUGGCGACCUGCGCAAGGUGAAGCUGGAGGCGCCCUCGCGCUCCUCCGUCUCCACCACACCGGCCACCUCCUCGACACCUGCUUUCAACAAGUCCGAGGUGCUCGAUGAGCUCAAGAAGAUGGAGCAGCAGUUCAACGAUAAGCUGGCCAAGAGCGAGACCAAGACCAGCGAUGACCUCAAGAGCGUGGGCACAGACAUCUCCGAGUUGCAGCGCAAGCUGAAGCAGCAUAGCACCGAGGUCAGCGACGUCAAGCAGCAGAUCGACAAACAGACCUACCGCGUCAAGCAGAUCGAGGAUGACCUCAAGAAGAGCGACUCAUUACUGCUUCUCGUCCAGAACAACGUGAAGAAGCACAAUGAGUUUGUAGAUAAGGAGCGCGAGCGCGAGCAGGAGAGGCAGCGCAUCCAGGAGUCGCUCAAGCGUCUGGAAGCCAACCAGAAGAAGUUGGAGGCCGAGAUUGCCGAGGGCAAUGAGCAGGUGGAGCGUGUGUUGCGUGAGGAGACCUCUGGCAGCUCAGUGAGCUCACUGUCCUCGCCCACUCCCUCGCCAUCCAACCAGCGCUCGCCACUACCAUCCAAGCGAUCAUCCGUUGUGCUCUCAUCGCCAAUGGCCAUCUCACAACCUGUUCAGACUCCAGUCAAGCCCAUUGAGCUUGCCAGCAAUAGCAAGGAGUCCAACAGCAAGGACUCCAGCAGCAAGGAGUCACACAAGGAGUCUAGCAGCAGCAGCGCAGGUAACAGUGCGAGCAACAGUGCAAGCAACAGUGCAAGCAACAGUGUCACCAACAACAACAGCAGUCACAGCAGUGCCACGAGCAACAGCACUGCCAACGUCGUCAGCAGCACUGAAGAUGGCGAGAAUGGUAUACUCUGGGAGUAUGAUCCAGUCGUCGAGAAGUGGAUCAGACUGUCUAUCAAGCUAAAGGUCGAGAGAAAGGCAUUCGCAGAGGGUGCACUUAGACAAGCAUAUCACACAACUUCGCUUGGCGUGUUUGAGAACGUGCCAGCACUGAGUCCAAAGCACGCGUUCCCAACGGUUGACUCGAUAAGCACAAUGUCAUCUAGGAAUGAGGCCGUCAACCAACUGAAGGCCGGCACAAAGUUUGUGCUCAAGCUCUACAAGAAGGAAGCCGAGCAACAGACAAGCCGCGAGCUCUACUUUGAGGACGUCAAGAUGCAGCUAGUGUGCCGCGAUUGGGGUCAUCGCUUCAAUCACAUGAACCCACCCAAGAAGAUUGAGUUCCUCAUGUCCUGGGUGGUGGAGCUGGUGGACCGUGGCAACACGCCCGUGCUCUGCUCGAUCGAGCCACUGCUUGUCGGCGAGUUCAAGAAGAACAACUCCAACUAUGGCGCCGUGCUCAACAGCCGUUCGACACCACAGGCCUUCUCGCAUUUCACCUACGAGAACAGCAACAAGCAGAUGAUCAUUGUCGACAUCCAGGGUGUGGACGACCUGUACACCGACCCACAGAUCCACACUGGCGAUGGCAAGGGCUUUGGCCUGGGCAACCUGGGCAAGGUGGGCAUCAACAAGUUCAUCACAACUCACAAGUGCAAUGCCGUGUGCGCGCUGCUCGACCUUGACGUCAAGCUGAAUGGCUCGGGCGGCAACAACGCCACGAUGCGUAGCCAGCAGCUCAAGGGCACGAUGGUGUUGCCAGACAUUGUCAGCGAGCUCCAGAUGGCGUCGCCAUCCGACGUAAAGAUCGGCGCCAACGAGCUGUCUAAGCUGGACAUGAGCCGCAAGGAGCUCAAGUGCAUCAACACCGUGCAGUCAUUCCGCGAGAUCCUCAACUGCGUCUACUUCUUUGAGGGCAUGCGCUAUCUCUGUGCCGGCUACGGCGAUGGAGUUAUGCGUGUGUUUGACAUUGAGAACAACUGGAGCGUGGCACACACGAUCUACGCGCAUCGCAAGCCAGUGGUGUCGGUAUGCUCCAACUCGCAGUACAUCUUCACAUCGUCGCCCGACCAGACGGUCAAGGUGCACUCGCUCAAGAACUCAUCCAAGGCGCUCGAGACAUUCAUUGGACAUACAGGCGAGGUCAGCUGCAUUCGCGCCAACGAGAAGUACCUGUUCAGUGGCAGUUACGACAAGACGAUCAAGGUGUGGGAUCUGGCCACGUUCCGCGAGGUCCGCUCGUUGGAGGGCCACACCAAGUACAUCAAGUGUCUGGCGCUGUCCGGCCGCUACCUGUUCAGUGCAGGCAACGACCAGACUAUAUACGUGUGGGACACCGAGUCGCUCACCUGUCUGUACGGCAUGCAGGGCCACGAGGACUGGGUGCUCAGUCUGCACGUGUGCGGCGCGCACCUCUUCUCCACGUCCAAGGACAACGUCAUCAAGAUUUGGGAUCUGUCAGACUUCCACUGCGUUGAGACAUUGCGCGGACAUUGGAACAGUGUAUCGUCGUGCGUUGUCCAAGACCGCAUGCUCUACUCUGGCAGUGAGGACAACUCGAUCAAGGUGUGGGAUUUGGACACUCUGGAGUGCGUCUACACUCAACAAAAGUCACACUCUCUUGGCAUUCGCUCCGUUACCUACUGCAACAAUCAACUUAUCACUACCUCUUACGAUGGUUCAAUUAAGAUUUGGGAGUGGAUCACCAAGUAG